AUGGCGUCUGACAAGAUUUAUGGCGAAGGUGACGCCUUCCACAACGCUCUUGCCUUUGCACGCCAUCUUAUUCUCAACCAAAACAUAUCAAUAGAGGGAGAAAACUCUUCUUUCUACCUGUCACCACCUUCCUUUGACGCUCUCACCCUCCGCCUGCAGAGCGAGCCGUCGCCUAACCUCGACCUCGACCUCGACCUCGACCACGACGAACUCGGACUCGGACUUGACUUUGAUACCCGCGUCACCGGCAUCACCUCCCACCUCGGUUCUGACUCUGGUUUCUCUUCCGAUUGCGAUCGAGGCACCGACCACUCCCCCAGCAGCAUCUUUGACAAGCUGCGAAUCGAAUAUGACCCCGACGAUGGUCUCCUGACCUUCAAGAUGCCCGAAACGCGCAUCCAUACCGAAUUCGCUGCCGAAGUCUCCCACAAUAUCGCCACUAUGACCGGUCCUUUCCUCAAAGGCUUCAAAGCCCGGGGCAACACUGUGAUUGAGUUGCGACAUGACGCCCACCCGGGAAAAACAUACUUCAAGUAUCCCGACGUUUCCUGGGGACGUGCCCGCAUUGAGCCGAAUCCUGCCAUUGUUGCUGAAGUCGCCUACACCAACCCUCGCGACCUCGAAACGCUGGAAAACAGCUGCCAGCGGUAUCUGAAGGGCACAAGCGGUCCCCGCCAAGUCCGAACUGUUCUUGCCUUCAAGAUCUACUACAAUUCCAAGGCGCCCUCCGAUUUCGAAGCCAUCCUGGAUCAUCUCGAUGAGUGCUAUGCGGGCGUCUAG